CCAGAGUUCCGUUCGCGCGUCAACAGCAACAGCUAGGAUGUUGCGAUAACGGUGGCAGCCAAAGAUUGCUGUGGUUGCAGAGAUUAGGCUGCAGGGAAGAAACCUCUACCUAAUGUUUAGAUGUCAAAUUCUUGUGGUUUCUGAUUUACAGCGACAGGCGGAGGCCGUUUUCCGGACGACUCCUCGCUUGUUUGCGUUUAAGAGAAAAGGCUGCAUCGCGGUUAUGCGUUAGCUAACUAAAAAAAAAUCUCAGUUUUUUUUUUCAUUAAUUGAAGGAAGUAAAUAUCCAGACGAGCAGAUAUGUGGCAACCAACGGACGCUUCACCUGAAUGAGGAUGGAAAGAUUUUUUUCGGGGAACACAAUCGUACAAGUUACACGUCGGAUAUAUCGCAUUCAGGGACGUUAUUUUUAGAGGAUAACCUGGAUAACCUUACACGAAAUGUCAUAGCGCGUGAGUAGCUAGCACUGAGCUAGCUUGGUAACGGUUGGACGAGAUGGAGAAGGACAUAGUGUUAUCAUCAGCAGCAGCAGCAUCAGCCGACUAUGAGCAGCUGCAUGGGUAGCUAAAGACAGACUUUCUCCGGAGAUGCUGGGUGGUGUAAUUCACUUACAUAACAGCUCUACAGUCGCAGCCACUCCAGCCUUUCACAGGGUGGCUUGUGUUGGCAAGUGAAUGGGAAAUUUGCCACCGAAAUUCUCAGCUUCAUCAUCAUAAUACGUCGGGAGAAAAGGGGGGCAUUUCUGCAUGUUUUGAGGCUGCACACACCAUAUAGACUCUCCUGCAGCGUCAGAUUCAGUGCACAUAAUCUGUGCAGGGGAAAAAAAGGCAUCUCAUCCCUGUGUGAGCUUUACAUACUCCUGACGUUUCGACAACAUGAGGAAGUUCUUUGACUCUCGUCGGGAGUUGGUGAGCUCUGGGCCUGGUUCUGGAGGAGGAGGAAGCUCUGGGUCCAGUCACGCAGGCGGAAAUUUUAUUGGACGAGGCUUCACUGUCGGGCGACACCAAGUCACUGUUGAGGAGGUUAUUGCUGAAGGUGGUUUCGCGAUUGUGUUCCUCGCACGAACAAAUCAGGGGGUGCGCUGUGCCCUGAAGAGGAUGUACGUCAACAAUGAGCACGAUCUGCAGGUGUGCAAACGGGAGAUUCAAAUCAUGAAAGACCUCGUCGGCAACAAGAACAUUGUUGGUUAUCUGGAUUCCAGUAUCACGGCCGUGGGAUCACGAGAUGUAUGGGAGGUUUUCAUACUAAUGGACUAUUGCAAAGGAGGGCAGGUGGUCAAUCUGAUGAACCAGAGGCUGCAGACUGGUUUCACUGAGGCUGAGGUGCUGCAGAUAUUCUGUGACUCCUGUGAAGCCGUCUCUCAUCUGCACCAGCGCAAGACGCCCAUCAUCCACAGAGACCUAAAGGUGGAGAACAUCCUCCUGCACGACAAGGGCCAUUAUGUGCUGUGCGACUUUGGCAGUGCCACUAACAAGUUCCAGAGUCCGCAGACUGAAGGGGUGGCUGCCGUGGAGGAAGAGAUUAAAAAGUACACCACUUUAUCAUAUCGUGCCCCUGAAAUGGUCAACCUCUACAACAAUAAGAUUAUCACCACCAAAGCAGAUAUCUGGGCACUGGGUUGUUUGCUCUACAAGCUGUGCUUCUUCACUCUGCCCUUUGGUGAAAGCCAGGUGGCCAUCUGCGAUGGCAGUUUCACCAUUCCAGAUAACUCUCGCUACUCUUACGAUCUUCACUGCCUCAUUCGCUACAUGUUAGAGCCAGACCCAGACAACAGACCAGAUAUCUACCAAGUGUCCCACUUUGCUUAUAAACUAGCUCAGCGGACCUGUCCUGUUCAGAAUGUGAAGAAUUCUCCAAUUCCUUCUAAACUUCCUGAGCCAAUCAAAGCAAGUGAGGCUGCAGCAGCGAAAAAGAGCCAGAAUAAGCCCAGAUUGACAGAUCCAAUUCCCACCACUGAAACCUCCAUCACCCCUCGCCAGAGGCCCAAAGCUGCACAUACCCAGCCUGCUGCUGGCAUUCUACCCAUCCAGCCUGCUGCGCUUACCCCACGCAAACGGGCUAAUCUCCCGAGUGUUGCAGCUCAGCCUGUUGGAGUCAGUUUAGACCUCUUCCAGCCAGCUGCAGCUCUGCAGUCGCAGAAGGCCCAGACCUCAGCUCUGCCUCUCAUUCAGUCCCAAAACAGUUCCAGUCAGGCAGUGGCUCCACAGAAGCAGGCCUUGCAGCCAGCUGCAGCUCCGGCAGCAGAGGCCACAGCUACAGUAUCACCAGUGACUAAGAGUGAUGUUCAACCACAAGCACAGCCAACAGUCCAGCAACAGACCACACCUCCCUCUGCAGUUCAGGCACCAGUGACGCCAUCCAGCCCGGCCCCACCUCAACGCCCGGCUCGACGCAGGCAGGCUGGCCAGCCUCAGCAGCCGGCUUCCCCCGGAAAACCGGCCUCUCCUCAGCCACCUGUAUCUCAGCAGCAGCAGAUCAGUCAGACACCAGCUGCACAGGUUCAGACUGCCUCCACUGAGAUCAGCCAAAAAUCAGCUGAGGCGACUCCACCUGCUUCCCCAAAGACAACGGAAGAACGAAGCCACCAAUGCAUUCUGAGUGACGCCCCCGCAAGUAGCAUUGCUGCAGUUACAGUCACUGACUCUCAGCAGCUGCAAGGAGUUAAUGGGGAUGCUGGACUCAACCAAGCGCUCACAUCUCAACCAAGCACCGCCCUGCAUGUUCAGCCCAGUGUUGCAGAUGAAGUCCAGGACCAAAGCCUGACUGGAUCCACUGUUCCUGCCUCUGGUGGUGCCACUAGCAACCCCACACAGGCUGCGUGGAACCCCUUUGACGAUGACAACUUCUGCAGCCUCACUGCUGAGGAGUUCAAACCAGAAGACAAAAAGCCUAAUGAAAUGGAGACAUCCUCUGAAGAGUUGAUACCAGGCCUGCAGGCCUCAACUGUGGAUAAUGAACACCAGGAAAAAAUUGAAAGACCAUCAGCCAUUCUUGACCUUGAUUCGGAAGUGUCGCUGUUGGUUGUACCUGAUCAUUUCCAUAUCAUCGACCUGUCAGAUGCACCAGAGAAGCUGAUUGAAGGACUCAAAUCUCCUGACACAUCUUCACUGAUGCUUCCUGACCUCUUGUCAUUGUCUGAUCCCUUUGGUGGCUCCGUGGAAGAGUCUGCGAAAGACUCUCUGACUGCAGAAGACUCCCUCCUGGGCUGCUCCCUCAUCUCUGCUCCAUCCACCACUCCUGCAGCAAGCAGCGCCACCUCCUCAGUAUCUUCUGCUCCCACCUCUGCUGCCUCUAUUCUGGAUGACUUCAGUCUGUUGUCUGGAGACUCUGCACAGCCUAAAGCAGAUUCCUCUUCCUGUCUGAUCUCAGACUUGGAGCCACAGCAAGCCAGCGGAGAGGCAGGCACAGAGGACGACGAGUUUGAUCCUAUUCCCGUCACAGGCCGAAAGAACUCCCAAGACCUGCAGAGGGCGCUCCACAGUAAUGCACAGCAAAGCUCUGGAGCUGUUGCUUCUGUGCAGCUCUAUGAGGAGAAACCAAUGCUGAGGAUCCAGCAGACAAGUCCUCCUCCAUGUGUCUGCGAUAAACACAUGUUGCAGCCAGAUGAGUGGAGCACACAACACCACACGAUACAAACGCCCACCAACGCUUUUCACUUCAUACCUGUCGACAAAGUUCCACAAUCCCAGCCUCCAAACAGGCCGGUCCCCCCUGAUGUCUUUCAGCUGGCCCCCUUUCAAACACCUGAGUCCUCGUCUCAUAAAACGAGGACUCACAAGGUUGAGGCAUCAGAUGUUUUCCUCCAGGCACCGUUUAGAAAGAAGCAGGAACCCACAGAAGCCGAUGCUCAGUCAUUUACACAGCAGAUUCAAACCAGCAAACAGUGUCACCUGAUGCCAGCGUCAUCUCUUCCUGCUCCUCGGCCUCUCCGUCCAUGGGCUCCUCCUCCUCAGCUUCUGCUGCAGCAGCCUGUGGCCGUGCACAGGGUCGUCUCCAGGGUGGGCCAGCAGGCGGCUGUGGGCUCCGUGGCCGUGGGGCCUCUGCACUCCUGGACCAUAGGGGGACGAGCUCUAGAGGACCCAUUUACCUCUGCACCAUUUCAGCCACGAUGCUCUCAGGGGAAACCCUGAAUAUGCAAAUGGGCUCGAAAAAAAAUGCCAAGUCAUAGCUUUUAAGCCAAAGUUUUAUGUCGGUCGCAGUGUUGGAAGUUUUUGUUGCUGCGGUAACAAACAAACCAAAUAAUCCCUUUACCAAAUAUGUUACUGUUUUAACUUGAUGCUCUACCUCAGUCAACUGAUUCACUCUCAAGUCCAUGUUCAACAUGUCAGCACUUUAAGAACAGUGUGAACUCAGACUGAGAAAUGAUUUGGAUACACUUUAGUGGAUUGAGCAGGCACUUCAUUUAAAAUGUUAGAUUUCCAUUUACAACACCAAAUAUAUUUUUAAAAAUUGGAAUGUUCAUAUACAUUUCACUUUUGUUCAAUUUCAGGUUUCUCACCUUAGUUCACAAUCGAUGGCGAAAAAUAUCCGAUUUCUUGCUGUGAAGCAUUUCACACAGCUGCAGGAGGGGGAGUAUUAGAGCUGUUGUAAUUAUGAUGUUAACAGCAUUAAGUGACAUUUCUUAUAAAAAUAUUAUAAACCAAUAGUUUGCCUACUUGACUUGUUCACAGGUUAGUGCAGUCGUUAAAUUACACCCAGUAUUAAAAGACCGCGUAAAAGAAUUUGUUAAUGUUUUUCUUUGGUGUUGGUAUUUUGAACGAAAUAUAUCAACUUCACAGACGACUUAAAACUGUGGGUAAAAUAAGAAGUGCAAUGUAAGUUUCUAUGUGCUAAAGAAGUUCUUCCAAGUUUUAUUAAAAUUUCGCUUUUUACUCUGGCAGAGACGUGGAAUUUUUCCAUAAACCAUGCUGCCUUUUUCUAAUAGCAUCUGUGCAUGCAUAGUAUUUGUCAUUUAUAUUGAUACUGGACAUCGGAAAAUUGUCAGUCAAAGUUGAGCUUUGUAUCCUAUUAAAGGUUUUUGAAAAUAA